UCCGCCCGGGGCCGGAAGCGCGCCACCCCUCAAAGAUGGCGGCGUCGAAGGUGAAGCAGGACAUGCCGCCGCGAGGGGGCUACGGCCCCAUCGACUACAAGCGCAACCUCCCUCAACGGGGACUGUCCGGCUACAGCAUGCUGGCCCUGGGCGUGGGCGCCCUGCUGGUGGGCUACUGGGGCAUCACCCGGUGGAACCGCGAGCGCAGGCGUCUGUACAUUGAGGAGCUGGAGGCGCGCCUGGCGCUGCUGCCCCUGUUCCAGGCUGAGCGGGACCGCAGGGUCCUGCGGAUGCUCCGGGAGAACCUGGAGGAGGAGGCCAUCAUCAUGAAGGACGUGCCUGGCUGGAAGGUGGGCGAGUCCGUGUUCAGCACCACGCGCUGGGUGCGGCCCCAGAUCGCCGAGCUGUACCACCUGCGUCCCAACAGCGAGCGCUCUGCGGCGGCCUUCGGCUUCGUGACCCACACGUAGACGGACCGCGGCCGCCCGGGCCCCCCGCCCCUCCCUCCCCUCCCCGCGCCCCCGCCG